CGAACGCGUAAUGGGACUGUUUUAGUAUCCGUGUCCUAUCGACUCGUGCCAUACCUAACUCGUGCCUUUUCACAUCAAGCCUCAAAUUUGUAGCAUCCAUGACAUACCCCUAGUCAUGUGUGUGUGCGAUAUGUCAUACUGCUUGGAAAACAGCCAAACAAUAAGUGCCUCUGCAGGUACCGUAUACUACGUAUUCCCUGUUUUUCUGUGGACGGCCACAUAUUUGUAUAUCACUGCGCUCUCAAACUUCAUGAUUUCAUCUCAGGUGAGAUUAUAUAACCACAAUGGGAGUCCAAGAGUUCUUUCAUUUACCAGUUCUCCUCUUCAUGUUGGUAUCGUUUCACUCAGUUGUUACUCAGUACCACCUUGAUACACGUGAAGUCUCCAUCUUUGGUAAGAUGAUUCAAAAACACAUUUUUAAAACAAUCAUUGGAGCAGCAUUCGGUGAUGUGUGUUUGCGGGAAUGUUAUCGUGACGUCAGAUGCCAAAGCUUAAACUAUGUGUUCACCCAAGACAAGUGUGAGCUGAGUAACCGCACAAAGGAGGCCAGACCUGAAGAUUUUGUACCCAGCUCUGAGAGAUAUUACUUCAGACGAGAUACGAAGAGAGCUAUUCUCGGUGCCAUUCCAGAACUGCCUGCAGACUCGUGUAAGGAAAUCAAGGCGAGUGAAGGUGGAAAAGCGGUCAGCGGCAAAUACUGGUUGAAUUUCAUCAUACUUGACACUCCUGUGUUGGCUCACUGUGACAUGAAAACAGAAGAUGCUGACGAAUGCACUACCUCCAUUCGUAUUUGUAAUGAGAACGCCGACUGCAAAAACACUCUGGGAUCGUAUAGUUGUUCUUGCAAAAUUGGUUUUUCUGGAGAUGGACAUACUUGCAAAGAUGUUGAUGAGUGUGCCAGCAGCGAGCACGACUGCCAUGAUUUGGCUUUAUGUACCAAUACUGUGGGGUCCUUCACCUGCUCAUGUCACCAUCCGUACGUAGGGGAUGGAAGAUCUUGCAACUUUGCGAGCCCGUCAGAAUGUCAAAACUAUCAAAGUCUGACAGGAGCAGAUAGAAGGACAAAUUACACCAAUCAAAACACGGUUUGUGACGGCGGACUCAAGGGUUGGUACCGUCUGGAAGGAGCAGCAGGUACAAGAAUGCCUACUUCAUGUCCACCUGAAAACCAAUGUAACACUCACGCUUCCGGAUGGCUAAAUAGUACACAUCCUACAGUAGAUGAUGGUCAGGUAAACGGGACAGUUUGCUUCCACUGGGCGUCAGACUGUUGCCACUGGUCAAGUUCCGUCAAAGUGAUAAAUUGCGGCGGUUACUAUGUUUACUACAUAACUGGCACACCCACAUGUUCCCUCCGCUACUGCAGCACAGACUAAAUCGAUGCUGGUUCAGAAAAUUAUAACUAGUUUUCAAGAGUCCUCCCGUUAAAAAUGCUUACACUCUACUGUAUUUUUGCUUUAGUGCUUAUCUCAGAAAGUAAGCGAGCUAAGAUUGGUAAUAAUUGCCCUCGAUCAUCUGGAAAAAAAUUAUUUCUCACCUUUUCUGUGUUCUAGAAGUUGGAAACGUUAACGAUAAAGAAGUUUCAGGCCUUUGUGAGAUAUUCCAAUGUGAAUGACACAUUUAGUUUUCUGCC